AUGUCGAAGCGCCGGAUUGCCACGUCUUUCAUGGCUCUAGCACUGCUUGGGUGUUUAGUUUGGACGGAUGUUGAAGCGCAGGACUCAAUGUGGCAGAGGCCUGCACCAGCAAAGAGCUCUCCUCAGAUACCAGAAGCCCUUCCACGACCUCAAGCGCCAAAGCUUCCUAAAAAUCCUCAGGCCCAACCUCCUCCACCGCCUAAGGCUCCACAACAUCAUCAAGAGCCACAGAUCCAACCUCCUCCACCACCAAAGUCCCCCCAGGAACCGCAGGUCCCUCAACCACAGGAACCGCAACAACCGCAGCAACCAAAGCAGCCAGUGCCACAGGCUCCUUCCAUGUACAGGCCAGGUGGGGCAAAGCAACCUCCCGCUCAGAGCUGUGAUGUGGAGGGACGCUUGAGAAUCCCAUGUGGUGAUCCUGACAUCUCUGCUGCUGGAUGUGAAGCCAUUAACUGCUGCUUUGCUGGCCAACAGUGCUACUUUGGAAAGGCAGUGACUGUCCAGUGUACCAAGGAUGCCCAGUUCAUCUUGGUGGUUGCCAGAGAUGCCACUCUGCCAAACAUUGAUCUUGAGCCAAUUUCACUGUUGGGUCAAGGUCAACACUGCACACAUGUCGACUCUAAUUCUGGCUUUGCCAUCUACCAAUUUCCUGUCACCUCCUGUGGAUCUGUUGUUAUGGAGGAGCCUGGGGUCAUAAUCUAUGAGAACAGGAUGUCCUCCUCUUACGAAGUUGGAGUCGGGUCUUUAGGAGCCACAACCAGAGACAGCUACUUUGAGUUGCUCUUCCAGUGUAGGUACACUGGCACUUCUGUUGAAACUGUGGUUACACAAGUAUUACCAUUAGAAAAUCCUCCUCUACCAGUUGCAGCUCUGGGACCCAUCAGAGUACACCUGAGGCUGGCAAAUGGACAGUGCAAUACAAAGGGUUGUAAUGAAGUGGAUGUGGCCUACAGCUCUUACUACACAGAUGCAGACUACCCUGUGACCAAAGUUCUGAGGGACCCCGUGUAUGUUGAGGUUCAACUCCUUGGAAAGACAGAUCCCAACCUUGUACUAACACUUGGACGCUGCUGGGCAACCACGAACACCCAUCCUCACAGUGUGCCCCAGUGGGAUAUUCUGAUAGACGGGUGUCCAUACAGGGAUGAUCGCUACUUGUCAUCUCUGGUCCCGGUUGGUCCCUCAUCUGGCCUGGACUUCCCGAGUCAUUACAGGCGUUUCAUUUUCAAAAUGUUUACAUUUGUGAACCCAGAGUCAAUGGAACCCCUGAGGGAACAGGUGUACAUCCACUGCAGCACAGCUGUUUGCACCGCAGCACAAGGCCACUCCUGUGAACCGUCAUGCCACAGGAACAAGAGAGAUGUCCAGGCCAGGCAGCAGAAGACAGCCGAGCCAAAGGUUGUGGUUUCUAGUGGGCCUGUGAUCAUUGGUGCUUCUGAGGAGUAAAUGAUGCAUUGCUGCAGUCAAUCAAUAGGAUGAUGACUGAAAGUAAAUGAAUAAAAGUAAUAAACAACAUUUUUUCUGUAAUUUGUGGUGUAAGAUGUUACAGACUUGUAUCACGAAUAGAAAUAACCAAAUGUGUGCAGGAGCUCUAAUAUUGAUCCCUUGUGACAUGGGGGGUGGGCUUAAUGGGAGAGCAAAAUAUAUAUAUAUAUAUAUAUAUAUAAUUUUUUUUUUUUUUUUUUAACUGUAGUACAACAUAGUCUUUUCAAAAUGCAAACCCAUUUUCUUAAAACAGUUACCUUUUAUUGGGUGAUGUGGAUGGGCACAUUGAAUUUAACCUUUUGAAAAGUAAAGUCAGACUUCAUAGCUUAGCCAUGAUGGAUAGCAGAGAGUAAAGAAGAAGGGACUGAAAUUACUUUUAAGAGAAAAUAAUUCAAUAAUUGCAAAAAAAAUUGAAAUGGGUUUGAAGUGUUAAAGACUUAUGGUAAUUAGUUGUGAAAAGUGGUUAAAGAGAGACAAAAAUGGUUGAAAGAGGCAAAAUGGGAUAGAAGCCUCAAAUACGGGUUGAGAAGCGCAAAAAUGGGCGGAGAAAUUGUGCGAAGCUGUUACAAAGUGGCAAAAAGUUAAAAAGAUUAAAAUAGGCAAUAUGGGUGGUUGUGAAAAGUGGUUAAAGUAGCAAAGACUUAUUAAAGUGGCACAAAUGUGUUUAACUGGGAAGCCAGUGGUGAGAAAAUGGGUAGCAACUGUGAUAAAAGGGGGUUAAAAAGUGGUAUAAAUAAAUAAAUUCAACAUCAGAGCCCAAUAAUAGCUUGACACAGCUUUUCAGCUCCAAAAUGAAGUAUCUGCUAGCCAGGAAGAAUGCUAGCACUGAUGCUACUGACCCAACUCAAAUGCAUUGAUAUCACCAAUAAAUCACAGUUGGGGAGGGCCCAUUCAGGUUUUUUUAAGGGUCCAGCCA